CCGCGCGACGCAGCAUGUGCGACGACCGGUCCGCCCAUCCGGCGCGUGAUGGGAACAAUAUUUCGAUUUUUGUGUCUAAACUUACUCCAGGCGGCGAUUUCGGCGUCGGAUUUACUAUCCUAACAGUCGUGCUGCUGUCUCUCCUGGGUAACGGGCUGGUGUUGGCCGUGUCGUACCGCCGGCGGAGGAAGAUGACGGGCUCGGAGCUGCUGUGCGUGAACCUGGCGGUGGUGGACUUCCUGUCGUGCGUCCUGUUCUACCCGCUCUCCAUCCUGUCCUCGUUCAGCCACACCUGGCGCGGCUGCCAGCUCACCUGCACCUACUACGGCCUGGGCUGCUUCACCUUCGGCCUCUGCGGCAUGUUCACCAUCGCGGCCAUCAGCGUCACGCGCUACCUGAAGACCUGCUACCACCUGGCGCACGUGUCCCUAGAGGGCAGCAGCGUGCGGCUGGUGUGCGGCGGGAGCUGGCUGGUGGCGGCGUCCUGGUCCUGCUUCCCGCUGCUGGGCUGGGGCGAGUACGUGCCCGAGCCCUACGGCCUGUCCUGCACCGUGGCCUGGGAGCGCUACCACGUCUCCGCCAAGGACGCCGCGUACGUGCUCUGCUCCUUCGUCUGCUUCACCUUCCUGCCCGUGCUCCUCAUCGUCGUGUCGCAGUGCCGCAUCCUGCUGAAGAUCUACCGCUUCUCCUCGGCGCUCUCCGCCCGCGGCGUCCGCACCACCCUGCGCCGCACCGAGCGCCGCCUGUCCCUGAUGUUCUUCUGCAUCAGCCUGGGCUUCAUCGUGGCGUGGGCGCCCUACACCGUCGUCUCUCUGCUCUCCAUCUUCGGCGGCGAGAGCGGCCGCAUGGCGCCCGUGGGCUUCGUCUUCCCCGCGCUGUUCGCCAAGAGCUCCCACGUCUACAACCCCUUCAUCUACUUCUACUUCAACAAGGUGUUCUGGCAGGAGCUGCGGGCGUUGCUCGCGUCCCUGUGCCCCAUGAGGAAGAGGAGCAGACGGGUGGAGGGGGCCCCGGCGCCCGGGCCCCUGGCCCCGCACCCCAUACAGAUCCAGCUCCAGGAGCCGGGCCGGCCCCAGGGCCCCCCCCGGACCAGCAGCCUGGGGGGCGGCUCACGACCCCCCGGCCUGGCCGUCUACUCCUGCUGGGCCUCCCGCAUGGAGCCGCUGCCGCCCCGCGAGUUUGUGCCCGUGUCCGCCUGA